AUGAUUGACGAUGGGCAAGCUCUGAUGAACACUUUGAUCAACAACCAUCACGACACCUUCUUCCACAGAAACUGCCCAGGAAGCACCAAGUCUCGCUAUUUGAUGGAUGGUGUGGCAGAGAUUGCCUGGUACUGCCCUGCUGGAAAACACAGUGAUGCCUUCAUUAAUGAGAAUCGUGAUCCUGUUAAGACAAAAAAGGGAAAGUAUAUAAUGGGCCUCAAAGACAAAAGUCACUCAGAUGUAUCUGAACAGCUGAAAAUGAUCAUUAGAGAGGUUUUGUCUUCUCUUGAUGGUCCCAUCUUGAAACCAUCCUUCCAGCUUGAAACCAUGGCUGAGCUCUCUGGAAUCAGAGUGGAUGAAGCUGACCCAGCCUGUCAAAGAGGGAAAUCUGCUGCUAUGAAAAUAAACUAUCUGCUAAAAAAGGAUAACAUGGAUGUCUCAAAGAUCAAAGAUAAAUUUCUCCCUUGCCAAGGCCAACUGUGGCAUCAGUGGAGCAAAAUACACAGAGAACUGUUUAAACUCAGCGGAAACAUUGAAAAGGAGAAAAGUGACAAGGAAGAAGAACUGAUGAACAUACGUCAGAAACAAUGUGCUGCUUCCUGCAGUAAACUGAUGGAGUUGUUCAUUGAAGGUCUGUCAUCAUUGCCAGGAACAGACAGAGAGUAUUUCCUAAAAUGGACUCAGAUCUUCAUAGAUGCCCUCUCCACAGAUGAUCUUUCUUCAAUUCUGAAAAGUUAUGAUGAAAAGUGGUCUGAGGUCUUGGCUUUGAAGAACAAAUGGUACAGAUCAGAUCUGUUAUUAAAAACACAAACUGAACUUGAAAACAUAUCAAAGAAACAUCAGUCUUUAACUUUUGGUUUGGAGCACAUCUUCAGAGAAAUGGGACAGAUCUAUGAAGCCCAUAAAACAACACAAAGAGAGAGCAGACACUCUGACUGGUCUAAAUACCCUGAGCUGGCUGCACAGCUGAUGAUAUCAGGACACCCGAUGGAGCUGAUGGAUGGUGAUGCAGGUCAUGUGCCUUUAACAUGGAUCUCCAGUCUUUUAGAAGAAGUCAUCAGGAAACUGGGGGACCAGAGAGUUUUUGUGUUGUCAGUUUUGGGCCUACAAAGCAGUGGAAAAUCAACAAUGCUGAACACCAUGUUUGGGCUGCAGUUUGCAGUGAGUGCUGGCAGGUGCACCAAAGGUGCCUUCAUGCAGCUGCUCAAAGUAUCAGAGGAGAUGAAGAAAGACUUGAAGUUUGACUAUGUUCUAGUGGUGGACACUGAAGGACUGUGUGCCCUUGAGUUAGAAGGUAACAAUCUUCAUCAUGACAAUGAACUGGCAACAUUUGUUGUUGGUCUGGGAAACCUGACACUGAUCAACAUCUUUGGAGAGAAUCUGUCUGAGAUGCAGGACAUUCUGCAGAUUGUUGUUCAGGCUUUCAUGAGGAUGAAGGGAGUUAAACUUUCUCCCAGUUGUGUGUUUGUUCACCAGAAUGUCACAGAUGUUGCAGCAGCAGAGAAAAACAUGGAUAGAAAGAGACGCUUGCAGGAAAAACUGGACCAGAUGGCCAAACUAGCAGCUGAAGAGGAAGUUUGUGAUGCAGAGUGCUUCAGUGAUGUCAUUGAAUUUGAUGUUCAAACAGAUGUGAAAUACUGUGCCCAGCUGUGGGAGGGCAGUCCACCCAUGGCUCCUCCAAAUCCAGGUUACAGUGAGAGCAUCCAGGAAGUGAAGAACACCAUCCUCUCUAAAGCUUCAAAGUCUGCUGGGAUCACUCUCUCACAGUUUAAAACAAACAUUAAAGACCUGUGGACUGCACUUCUGACUAAAAGUUUUGUUUUCAGUUUUAAAAACACACUUGAAAUUGCAGUGUACGAAAAUUUGAUGGCCCAGUAUGGGAACUGGACCUGGACCCUGAGAAGCAACAUGUUGACCAUUGAAAACCAACUCCAUAACAGAAUUGAAAAUGGAAAACUUGAUGAGGUUGAUGAGUUUUAUCUUUUUAAAGAAACAAGCAAAAUAUAUGAAGAAGUCAAAAAAGAAAUGAAAAUGUACUUGAAGCACAAAGAGAAAGUGAUCUUUUCUCAGUGGCAAGAACAUGAAAAUAAAAUCAAUGAGCUUUAUAAAGAAGAGGUGAACAGAGUGAAAGUAAAACUGGAUGGAGUUAUCCACCACAGAAAAGCUCAUAAAAUGACUCAUGAUAGGAAAUCAGAGUUUGAGAACAAGUUGCUACAAAAGAUCAAAGAGCUCUCUCAUAAACUGAAGGAUAAGGCCAAAGAUGAAGAAGAGCUUCAACGACAGUUCAACUCUGUUUGGAGCAGCUGGGUUACUGAAUUAACAGCAGAUAUAAAACCUGUUGAAGACAUCAACUUGGAAAUAGAUCAGUUAACGAUCCUUCAAGAACUUGGUUUUGAGCCAACUCUCAUAGAUGAAUGUAAAAGAAGUGGCAGAUACAAGAAAAUAUCACACUUUGGUGAUUAUUCAGAUUAUAUAAUGAUACGUGGACAGAUGUCAAUGAGUAGAAUGGCCUACCACAAACAUGUUUCAUUUGGCCUUUUCUCCUAUGAAGAACAAGAGAUCAGAUCGUUUAUUGACCAAGCUCAUAAAAAUUCACUUGAUGCAAUUAAAAGCAACCCUGUUGUUACAAGAGGUUAUUCCUCAGCUUAUUUGCGUGAAGUGGCCAAUCAUGUAACAAUAGAUUUGUGGGAAUUUCUGUCAGAGAAGAAUUACACUUUAAACAAGGAGUUUACAGUUGAUCUCUUAAUGUAUGUGUUCUACAGGGCGGAGAGUUGGCUUCUACAGUCACACAAGAAAUUUAAAAUGAGCAAUGAUCCAAUCACUUAUUUAGAAAGCAAGAAAACACACUAUUACACAGUUUUUAGAAGCUUUUGUGAAGGAAACUCAUCUGCUGUUGUGCUUGGAGAGCUGAUCUGUGAAAAGUUGAAAGUUUCCACUCUUGAGGCUGUCUGUAACAAGACUGCCAUUGAUCUCGCUGGAAGGAUGAGGUGUAAUUUCCCAGCAUUCAAUGGGAACAGACUGAAUUUGGACAAAUAUUUGUUGAGGUCACUCGCUAAGAAAGAAAACUUUGAUGAUUUCAUCACAUACAUCAAUAAUCCAAGGAGACAAACAGAAGCUUUCAUUAAAGCAGAAGUGCAGCAAUACAUCUACAUGAGUCACAAAGAUGAAGCUGUGAAUAUACUCAAGAAAAAUGUUGAUGACAUCGAAACAACUGUGAGUCAGGCUUUAUUUACUGCAACACAAAAGGUCCAAAAUCAGAGAGGAGACACAGAUAUGUGGCUGAAUGAAUUUUGUAAUGUCCUAAAGGAUGAGCUGACAUUUGACAUUUGUUCUGAAAACUUCAGUGACAUAAACAAUUUUCACUUUCUCAAGGAAGAGAUAGAAAAAGGAUUUACAUCCAUCAUUAAGCAGAUGAGCAGACUCUCCCUGGAUAAGCUGAAUGAAUCCAGGCAGAGGCCUGAAGAAAUCCUCAUAGAUCAGCUUUGUAACUGCUGCUGGGUAAAGUGUCCAUUCUGUGCAGCUGUUUGUAUCAACACCAUGAAAGAUCACAGUCCUGAUGACCACAGCACUCCUUUUCAUCGACCUGAUGGGAUAAUAGGAUCUCACUAUGUACAAACUAAAGUCCUCAGCAUCAGUUUCUGAACAACAAUUGUUACAAGUGAAGAAGGUCUUCACCCUAGCUCAGAGAAAUACAUUCCCUACAAACAGUACAAAACUGCUGGUCCACCGUAUGAUACCUGGAGAAUCACUCCUGAUGGGACUAAACUGGCAUAUUGGAAAUGGUUUGUUUGUCAAUUUCAAACGAAACUGGAAAAUCACUAUGGGUUCAUGUUCCAGGGCAGUGUAUUAUAUUCCAUAUAUCUGGAAUGUAUAUAUUCCAGAUAUAUGGAAAGAUAUAUCUAAAGAAGAAGCCAUUAAAAGUCUGGAUGAAAUGUUCUAAUGAGCCAAAGAAACUGCAAAUCGGCUGAAAAUUAUGUUAUUGUUUUCAUCUAAUAACUGUGACAGUCUGAUUUUGUCUGAGUGACAAAAAGGAAAUUCUAUAAAUUAUUAACAUGAAGAUGAUGUUAUGAGUGACUAUAAGUUAAUUCACAAAAAAAUAGCAAGUGAAAAACAAAAGUCACAUUCUCAAUGUUGUGUCCAUCUAGGCUUUCAGAGUGUUUUCCAGAUAAAUACAUUUUUACCUAAUUUUGUUAAUUAGCAUAUCAUUCACCUGUUUAUAACAAAGAUUUUUUAUUUAUCAAAUAGUCAAAAAAUGUAAGGAAACUAAAUCUAAAAACUGCUCCUCAAACAAGUGUUAACACUCUUUGAUCAUUAAUUUCAAACAUUGCAUCUGAAACCACAACAAAAACAUCAUCUUUUGUAAUUGAGUGGUGUAAUAAUCAGUUUGAUUUUAGAUUAAAUUUACUCUCACAGAUAUAUGAUUUGAGAUCUGUUUGACUGUCUUAUGCUAAUUUCAUCUAAACCUGUUAUAUCCACACUGAAUUUUGUUUAACUCGACUUUCAUUUCAUCUCAGCUCUUUUUCUGUUUGCAUUUGCAAAUGUUUAGCGUGUUUAGUCAAGUGAAAAAAGACAGCUGUCAACAGUUUGAACAACUUUUUGUUUUCUAUGUCUUAACUAAUAAAAUAGUUUAUGCUUCAUCUCAUUUGAAUUGCUUGAUUUUUUUCAUUGUGUACAACAUUGAAUGCAGAA